GUCACAGGCUGUUGUGAAUCGGAGGCCAGCGGCCCCACAAAGCCAGGCGGGGGAGCCCCUCUCUCAGCUACACACCACAGCAUCACCGCCUCGCCUCACUGAAAGGGACAGAGAGGAGAGAAAUGCAAAGGGAUGUAAGAUGGCAGAGCUACAAAUGCUGUUAGAGGAGGAAAUCCCAGCCGGUAAAAGAGCUCUUGUAGAAAGCUACCAGAACCUGUCCAAGGUUGCGGAAUACUGUGAAAACAAUUAUGUUCAGGCUCAAGACAAGAGGAAGGCCCUGGAGGAGACCAAGGCCUACACCACCCAGUCUCUGGCCAGCGUGGCCUACCAGAUCAAUGCCUUAGCUAACAAUGUGCUGCAGCUGCUGGACAUCCAGGCCUCGCAGCUACGACGCAUGGAGUCCUCCAUCAACCACAUCUCCCAGACCGUGGAUAUCCAUAAGGAGAAGGUGGCACGUCGAGAGAUCGGCAUCCUGACCACAAAUAAGAACACCGCUCGCACCCACAAGAUCAUCGCCCCGGGCAACAUGGAGCGGCCGGUGCGCUACAUUCGAAAGCCCAUCGACUACACGCUGCUGGACGAUGUGGGGCACGGCGUCAAAUGGCUUAAGGCCAAGCAACAUGGGAACAAUGCAGCAGGACGAGGAGGAGGAGGAGGAGGGACACUUUCCAGGACCACCCCUCCCACACAGAAACCCCCAAGCCCCCCCAUGGCUGGUCGUGGUACCCUGGGGCGUAACACUCCUUACAAGACCCUGGAGCCAGUGAAGCCUCCAGUGGUGCCCAAUGACUACAUGACGAGCCCGGCCCGACUGGGCAACCAGCACAGCCCUGCACGCACAGCCUCUCUCAACCAGAGGCCCAGGACACACAGCGGCAGCAGUGGUGGUAGUGGCAGCAGGGAGAACAGUGGAGGCAGUGCAGUCGGUAUCCCUAUAGCAGUUCCCACCCCCUCCCCUCCCAGUAUGGGGCAAGUGGUGACAUCCUUGGCCUCAGUGCUCCAGGGCCCCGGCUUGGGUCCCAUACCCAUGUCCCAGUUCGGCACCAUCUCCCGCCAGGUCUCCCGUCACAACUCUUCCACCACCUCUUCGGCCUCCAUGGUGUCAGCCACUGGAACAUACCGCCGCGCACCCUCUGUCUCCUCCCAGCAGCCCCACAUCAACGGGGGCCCCGCCUACCCACAGAACUCAGUGUCUGUGGCUCCUCCGCCUCCUCCUCCAAUGGUGCAGCUGACCCCACAGAUCCCUCUGACCGGCUUUGUGGCCAGAAUGCAGGAGAGCAUAACAGACAGCCCCGCCCCGCCUCCUCCGCCUCCCCCAGAGGACAUGGGUGUGUUUGAGGAGCCCUCUCCCCCUCCUCCUCCCCCACCUGUGGACUAUGAGGAAGAGGAUGCCGCACUGCUUAAUUACAGCGACCCCUACGCUGACGGAGACCCCCUGUGGGCCCCCAAGACUUUUUUAGAGAAAGUUGUGGCCAUCUACGACUACAGCAAGGACAAGGAGGACGAGCUGUCCUUCAUGGAAGGAUCCAUCAUCUACAUAAUCAAGAAAAACGAUGACGGCUGGUUCGAAGGUGUCUCCAACGGCGUCACCGGACUCUUCCCAGGAAACUACGUCGAGUCGAUCAUGCACUAUGCUGACUAAAAAUGAAAAAAAAAAAAAUACCCCAAAUGGCACUGCAGUUUUGAACAGAGGUAAAAGCGCUGAUGUAACGCACUUCAUACAGCUCCCAUUUCCAAUGAAGUGCCAUGGUGGAUUUUCAAAUGGUUUUCUUUUGGGGGGCUUGUGCUUGCACAGUUUUGUUAUGCUCCAAAAAAAAAAAAAAA